AUGAAAUCGAUUCAGUAUACAGAACUUUCACUGGAAAUAGAUACUUCCUUACAAUGUAUUGCCAUCUACCUUCCAACUAAUACCGAUAGAGUGGUCAAGAAGCAAAGGCUUUCGAGCGAAGAUUUGAGAGUUGAAGUUCAAACCGCAGAAAAUACAAACGGUACUGAUUCGAGUAGCUUUGGGGGGUUCUGUGAGCUCAAUGCUCUUGACUCUCUUUGUCGGACCGUUGCCUACAGGGUUUCUGAAUCUAAAGACAGUAUCACGCUCACUCCACUUCUGAUAAACAACAGUCUCAACUUGAAGUUCCAGAGUCUCAAAUUUGUUGUUCCCGCUACUAUCAGACCUAAUUGUGUGACUCUUAUAGAACAAACCGAUGCUGAAGAUACUGUUGUUCUUGACAUUAUUACAGAGGCCAAUUUGUUGAUCACUCUCAAUGUCCAUUUGAGAUCGUUACUUGUUGAGCAUCCUCGGAAUUAUCCUCUUCAGCUUGACAACUUCUAUUCCUGGUGCUCUUAUUCCUUGCCGUACUCAUUUUUGGAUCGAAAGCCUUUUUUCUUGAAGGGCAUCAAUGUGCAUACCAGUAUUGCGGCUCUUGUUGAUGGUGGAGUACUCUUGCUGAGUAAACAGUCACCUCUAGACAGCUUUCUAGUCAUUCCAUUUAGUGAUUCAUCCUAUUUCGAAAGCAUCAAAUCCAGAUUAUUUUCCCGGAAGCCUGCUGGAGCUAUUCCAAGUUUCGUGGAUAUUGAUGGUGAACGAAUUUCUUCAAAAGCCGUCCUUGAUAUUAUUGCUUUCCAAAAUAAUCGAUACUUGUUGAGUGUUUCCAUAGAUAAACAGUUGAAGGUAUGGUCUUUAAGCGACGGUGUAUGCCUUAACACAUACAAACUAGAUGAUUUUCUCUCUGAUUCUUUAAAACCUGUGUUGAUUAGUCGUUGUCUUCCUAAGAAGAUAUUGCAUCUUCUAAACGAUUCUCUUGCCAGCCUAUUUCUUCCAAUUGGAAAUAACUAUUUAAAAGUUCUCAACUUGAAUGCAGAUGGAGCUGUUUCUGAGGCUAAAAAUAUUGAUGUUCCCCUCCCAAGUACUAACUGGCUAUUUCAUAGCUGUGAUGCCCAACUUCGGAACUCUACUUUGAAAAUCUGGAUUUGUUGGUGCUUUGGAGGCAAUUAUAUGCUGCAAAAAUGUGAACUUCCAGAUAAAGGUGUUGAAUCUUGGACUUCGAGUACUUCUGCUAAUGAUGUUGAGGCCAAAUUGCAGUCCCGCUUCAUCGCUGAUGUGGAGAAUGCGACUGAUUACGAAAGCUUGUCAAAAAUCGGUACUUUAUGGGUCCUCGAUAGCUUUCGUUAUGAAACCAGUAUACUUCAAUCUGCCAUGGAGUUAUGCAGUAAAUUUUAUGAGGGGAGUAUUUCCGGCUUGUCUCUCAAGGAGCAAAUACUCAAGACCAUAACUGCCAAUAAGGAUAGUACCGAUGACGAUUACCUCUCAGUCAUGAAAAGGCAGUGGUUACGUUUUGCAAAUGUUUGCGACGAAGUGUCGAGAUCGUUUCAAAAUAUUAUAUCUGUAUGCUAUGAUAGAUCUCUUGAUGAGAAUGAUGGUUUUUUCAUUAUCAUGAAGACGCUGAAUUAUUCAAUCGUCAAAAAGGCUUCGAUAUUUGCAGCAUUAACAAGCGGCAGCGAUGAGGUUUCGGAAACUAUGAACAGAAUCUUCAAUGUCGAAGGGAUAGAGUUUGAUUCUUUGAAACGAGUUGUUAAAGUAUUGCAAGAAUUUAGGCGAAGAUUUAGCUCUGCCGAUCUUUACAAGCUUGAACAAUAUCUUUAUCGUGGUAAAUCCUCAUCUACAACAGAUCUUAUGACUACCAUAGUCCAAACUUGUAUGAAAGGACGCAUGGAUAGUUCUGCUUUCGACCUUUUGGGCUCUUUGAACUCCAUCCCAAAUUGUUGGGAUCAGAUUCAGUUUUUAGCCAAUGCUUCCAUACUAAACACCCUUGGAUACAAACCCAUCAACAACGUUAGUCUGGGUAAUGUUGGUGAUAGUCUUAUUUUAUCUGAUGUGAGGGCUGAAUCGGUGUUUGCGCAGGAUAUCAUGCUCGAUAUCAUGCUUGUGCUAUUAGCGGCGGAGAUAAAUGAUCCAAUGGAAGAAUUGUUUAGGCAUGUGUCGAUGUCAUAUCAAAGAUAUGGCAUGAUUUUGAAGACUCUGGGAUAUUCCUUGGAUAUGAAAUCAGGAAAACUAAUCUCAAAUGAAGUCAAUGUGACUUCAAGUAGUUUGGUUCUCUCUUACAUUAAGUCUUUCCACCAAGGUGGUGCACUUAUAAGAAACAAAAACUUGAAUCUAUUGACAAAUGAUAUCUUUAUCAAGUUAUUUGGUGAUGAUUACGGAUAUUUCAUUAUGUCGAGUCUUCUCGCAUUGAAUGCCGAUAGCUAUGUGCUUUUCGAUUUGUUGGCAUAUCUAAAGGUGAAGUCGCCUAUCACAUUAAUGCUGACAGGUCUAGUUAAAAUGAAGUCGAAGGAUGAGUCUGCUUAUGACAUCUUCACGGAAUCCGCAGAUUUGAUCACUGGAGGUAUCAAGAGCAUAUCCUCGAGAGAAAGGGUCGCGUUAGAGCCGAUUUCUUCUCUAGCUGAUGCGAUUCUAACUGAAUCUAAAGUGGAAUACUUUUUCAAUUUGAGCAUCCUUUUUGAGUCUCAUGGUAUGGAAAAAUUCGCAUUAAAGUUUGCACUUGAUUCGUUGGCAGCUAGGAACGAGGUUCAGGAUACUACCGACGAUGCUAGUAUCCUUGCAAAAGUGUUCAAAUUAGCCUUAAAGUUAGAUGAGUUGGAACUCUCUUAUGAUAUGAUUUCAAAAAUGAAAUUCAGGAACAGAAAGCAUCCUAUAAAGCAGUUUAUCUACAAACUAUUCCAGAUCAACCAGCUCUCAAAGAUUCUUGAGUUUCAUUUCUCUGAGGAUUUUGAUGCGGUUGAUGAAUUGAUCUAUGGAUUAGGAGAGUCCAGUGCCCUAACCGGGGACCUUUCCAAUGCUCUCAAAUAUUAUCGAACGUGCUACUCAUUGAGGUUGCAAGAGGGAGAUAUCAGAGCAGCUAUUGAAGCCCUAUAUCGUAUCAACUGUGUUGGCUUUGAACUAAUCAAAAUCGGGAAGUUUUCCGACCCUCAGCUUUUACUGGAUAAUUACCUUAUAGUGUUCAACUUACUACACACCAUGAAGGAAGAUGAUAGGUGGAUUAUUAAGCACCCAGUAUGCUUCAAGUCGGAUGGCUCUGAAGGUGACAUGAAUUUUGAUAAUAAUGGUACUAACCAGCUGUUAACUUUUGAAGAUCUAGAAGAGGAAUACAACCAGAUAAGGGCCAGAUACUCGGAGAGUAUUGCUGUUUAA